AUGAGUGCUAUGUUCCUCGUCGCGCUGGACCGAACAAUCAUUGCAACUGCCGUUCCUGCUAUUUCCGAUAAAUUCCAUGCCAUCGGUGAUAUCGGCUGGUACGCCAGCGCCUAUCUCUUAACCAGCAGCGCGACGCAACUUCUAUGGGGUCGACUCUAUACCUUCUAUUCGACCAAGAUACUCUUUUUGGCUGCGGUGGUUAUCUUUGAGAUCGGCUCUGCUGUCUGUGGAGCAGCACCUAGUUCCACUUCAUUUAUCGUCGGUCGAGCCAUUGCUGGAAUUGGAUCAGCGGGCAUCCAGAAUGGCGCCACCGUCAUUAUCACCCAAGUCAUGCCUCUGCACAAGCGGCCUCUUUUUAUCGGUCUCAUGGGCUCCAUAUUUGGAAUAUCUGCCGUCAUUGGACCGCUUCUUGGAGGUGCUUUCACCGAUCGAGUGACAUGGCGAUGGUGCUUUUACAUCAACCUUCCGAUCGGGGGAGUAACACUUCUCAUCAUUUUCUUUUUCCUUCAUACGCCAUCUCUCUCCACGACAGCAACACUCAGGCGCCAACUAAUCCGCCUCGACCCAUUAGGUACAGCCUUAUUCCUUCCAUGCGUGAUAUGUUUCCUCUUAGCCCUGCAAUGGGGCGGCACGACCUACAGCUGGAACAAUGGACGCAUAAUCGCUCUAUUUGUCGUGGCAGGAGCUCUCUUCGUCGCCUUCACAAUCGUUCAACUUUGGCGCAAAGAAGACGCGACUAUUCCCCCACGAAUUAUCAAACAACGCAGCAUCGCCUGCGCCGCCGUAUACACCUCACUUAUCUACGGGGCCAUGGUCGCGAUGCUCUACACCCUACCACUCUGGUUCCAGGGGGUGAAAGGCACUAGUGCUGUUCAAUCCGGAAUUGAUAAUAUCCCAAUGGUUUUGGCCCUCGUCAUUGCCAGCAUCAUCAGUGGCAAAAUCAUCGCAAGCGUGGGGCAAUAUGUGCCGUUCAUGUUUGUUGCGGCGCUGCUCAUGGCAGUAGGUGCCGGAAUGAUCAGUACCUUCAAAGUUGACACUGGUCAUGCAGCCUGGAUUGGUUACCAGGUACUUUUCGGUCUCGGUUUAGGGUGCGGAAUGCAACAGCCCACGAUGGCAGCGCAGGUCGUUCUCCCUCAAGCGGAUGUUUCAAUCGGUGUCGCAUUGAUGUUUCUGUUCCAAACACUCGGCGGCGCGAUCUGGGUGGCUGUCAGUCAGAAUCUCUACACAAAUUACCUGGUUGAAACAUUGCCCGAUAUUUCUGGUGUCAAUGCUGCUGCUAUUCUUCAGGCGGGUGCAACUGGACUCGCAGAUAUUGUGCCGAAAGACAAGCUCGACGCCGUGUUGGUAGUCUACAACACCGCCCUCCGCAAUGCAUACUUCGUACCAGUGGCACUUGCUUGCGUCUCGGUGCUUCCGGCAUUGGGAAUGGAAUGGCGCAACGUCAAAAAGGAGAGUGAGAAGCGGGAAGAAGAGAAAGCCAUCAACAGAAGCGAAACCCCAGUCGGCGAACCAAGAACAUCGUCAGUGAGCGAGAAGCGCGUAUAA